GUCUUCUCAACAAGACGCGGCGACAUGAGGCGAAGGCGACUACGACUCCCAUUCCCACUCCGCUUCCUCAUGAUCCCGGGGAUGAGUCAAGCUGCAUCAUUUGAUUCGUCUGCUGGGAUUUCUUGCUUGCUCCGGCUCUUCGUCUCGUCCGUGGGUUCCUCCAAAGUGUCCCACCUCCAGCCCAACCAUGGCCACAAGCCUUGUCACCCGCAAACGGAAUGUCCAAGGUAAACCGAAGGUGAAAACCGGUUGUGCAACCUGCAGAAUCAGAAAAGUCAAAUGCGACGAGAACAAGCCGUUUUGCCAAAAAUGUGUCAACGCCGGUCGUACAUGCGACGGCUACGAGUCUCCAUUUAGAUUUUUUGCCAGCCAACCCGUUAAGAACGCUCAUGCUGGCGGCAUCAAGCCAAACGCUGUCGCUGGUUUACAAUCCAUCCGGCCCAUCUCAACUAAGAUCGCCCCUCAGGACAUCGACCUUCUCAAUCGUUAUUUCUCAACCAAAACCCUGUUCGACGUAAAACUGGGUUGUGGCGACGAAGCCAGACAAGUCCUUCAAGCCAGCUUGACUGAUCCGCCUAUACGGCAUGCAGUCUCAUCUCUCAGAGCUCUUCGGCAAGAUCUCGAGACGUCCGGAGACGUUCCAGCGUCUGUCGCGCAGCAGACCCCGAACUACAAUUACGGCCUCCAGCAAUACAGUAUGGCUUUGAGGGGUCUUGCGUCCAAGCUGUCGUCUCCGAGCUCAGACGGGUUGAAGUCAGCAUUACUUUGCUGUCAGGUCUUGAUCAGUAUUGAGCAAGUGCGCGGUAAUUUUGCUGCAAUGGCCUUGCAUAUCAUUCGAGGACUCACCAUCACGCACGAGUACCGGGCAAGGCCAUAUUUUCUUGCCGCGCAUAGAUUGAUGCCAGCUCACCAUAGCCAACUGGCCUUCUUCGACAUCUUCGUCAUCAAGAUGUUUGCCGCACCAUGCAAGUUCGCAGAACCCUCAGCAGCAGCCGAUGUAAGCGGGACGACGUUGUCUGCAUGUGUGAUUUCGCCGUAUCAACAACCUGUCGAGUCCCGCGAUCUUCGCAACAUUGCGCCCAACAUGAGGACAAAGCUUGUAAGGAUCGCUGAAUCGACGCUUGAAUUCCUCGCCAAGGUGUCGCAAGUCGAAUCGGUAGGAAACGCUCUUCGACUAGUAUGCGAGAAAGCAGCUCUGUUGGACUCCUUGGAAUCGUGGCUCAGUCAUCUUGAACUCGUUCAGAUGGAAACCAGACCUCCGGGUCCUGAGCCUAUUUCAGUGUCUUUCAUGCGCUGCUUCCAUCUGAUACUGAAAAUUGUACUCUUGGGGGCACUGUACUCCUCGCCAGACUUAGAUACCAAGCUGCAGACUGAGAACGAAAGGUUGCAGGGCGUAGCCAACAAUUUGGAUGAAAGAGUCAGGGCUUCUAAAACGUGCAGUCGGGAAACAACACCCGGAGCAGCAACCCGGGAAUGUCCAUAGCAGCAGCAGUAGCUCAAGCGCUGGUUAUGAUGGUGUUAGUGGAAGGGAAUCCAAAAAUGAGAAGGGGAGGUAGAUUUGGCGAUAUCCUUCCUUGCGUACUAGCUGCGAAUAUACGGCUUGCACCUCACACUUUCUCACUUUGCUCGCGACCCAACCAACCUCGAACACCGAGCCGGACCAGCCGGUGGCACUGUCUAGUGCGCCACUAGGUAGAAAGAGA